CUUCUUUUCUAAUAGUAGACAUAGGUGGUGGUACUGUAGAUCUAACAAUUAGAAAAUUGUUACCAGAUAAUAAAUUAGGUGAAAUAACCGAACAAACUGGUGAUUGUUGUGGUGGAAGUUUUGUUGAUAAAGAGUUUAUCAAUUUUCUUGCUCGAAAAGUUGGUAAAUCUGUCAUGUAUUUACUUCAAGAAUAUAAUUAUGGUAUAUUACAAUACAUGGUUCAAGAAUUUGGCCGAUCUGCUAAAAUACCAUUUACUGGUGAUGCUAAAGACUUUAAAACAUUCGAAUUGGAUCUUGAGGAAUUAUGUCCAGUUUUAAAAAAUUAU